CAGGCCUCGAAUCCCACACAGGGCUCCAGGGAGUCGGAUGGAAAACAGCGUCCUGCCCCUGAGCCCAGGCCCCCUGAGAAGUCUGGGUCUGAGGCUCCUUCCUGGUAACACUCAGCCGCCUCCUUCCGAGGGGAGAGGUUUCAAAGCAGCUGGAUGGCCAGAGUCCGCCCUCCUCCCACGCCCUCUCCCCUCUCCCCCAACAGCCCUUCCCAACAUUCCUCCAGGAUGUCUCUGCCACUCCCCACAUUCCAGACUCCCAGCCCUGCCAAAGGCCCACGUUGUGGGGUCGUGCUGCGGCCAGGACCCCCCAGCCCAGGAUGCAGUGAGCCCUCCCACCGGGCCUGCGGUCACCAGCGCUGGCCUUCCUCCAGCCGGCUUUCCACCAGGAGGACGUCCGGGUUCUGAAGGCCCUGAGGCUCACCCGGUUAGGGGCCCUCUUUACAAACAAGGAGCUCGGGAUGGCAGGUACAGGGACAGAAUGGGGAGAGGUGAGCAGACGCUGUGGACACUCAGCAGCCCUCAGCGGUCAUCCCCAAGUCAGACAAAUGGAUCUGUGGACUCUCAGCAGCCCUCAGCGGCCGUCCCCAAGUCAGACAAGGGAACGGGCCCCACUCCCUGCGCCCAGAGCUGUGUGCAGAGCUCCCCCAGCCCAGGCCUUGCUGGGCACCUGCCUCCUGAUGGGGUGUGUGCCCCCUCACUGCAGAAGGUUGGCGUGAAGAGUCCCAAGUUUGCAUCAGCAGGCGAGACCUGCUCGAGGCUUGGCUCCGGGAGCUCAGGGCGUGGGUGAGAAGCACGAAGGCUGGGAGGUUCCAGCAGGGUGGGGCCAGGCCGGCCUGACCCAGACAGGAAGGCCCAUGGAGCAUGGAGGGAGUUCACACCAGUCCUUGCUCUGUGGAAGUCUGUUUAGCAUCGGGCUCCGUGGUGGUGCACGCCUGUAAUGCCAGCUUUGCCAGGGCGAAGGCAGGAGGAUCUCAAGUUCAAGGCCAGCCUCAGCAACUUAGGGAGGCCCUGUCUCCAAAUAAAAGGCAAAAGGACGGGGUGCAGCUCAGUGGUGGAGGGCUUCAUAGAGUGCAGGAGACCCUGGGCUUACCCCCCCCCCCGCCCCCAUACAAAAGAAAGAGGAAGAGGGAGGGAGGGAGGAAAGGAAAGAAGGAAACUCAGGGAGGGAGGAGGCGAGAUCCCCACCACCGAGAAGCAGAGUCUCCAGGCCUGUGGCCAGGUCCUCAGGUGCAGGGCCAGUGUCACUCUCAGGGUGGGCUGAAGAAGGCGCUGACGUCACAAGAACAGAGCAGGCUCUCUGGGGCACUGUCCCGUCCCUGUGAGCCCCAGCGCGCCAGGGGUUUGCCCUUUGGGGUCCUGCAUGCCUGGGCCCUGGCGCUCAGUAUUGUUUUCUCAGCUUUUGAAGAUGGCGACAAGAACAGCCGGAGCUGCACGUCGGUCACUGGGUCCUUUCCAGAAGGGUCUGACUGGUCACUGGAGGACCUGCUGCAUUUCCCAGGGCCAGACCAGGAGUCUGCAGACGGCAGGACUUCCUUCCCUCAGUUCUGGGAGCCAGAACCUGAAGUGUGUCCGUGCAGCCGCACACCUGCGGGGCGGAGGAGGGCUCUCUGGGCUCCCUCCCCUGGUGCUGCCCCGCCCCGGGUGCAUCAACAGGCGAGACCUGCCUCACGCGUGACUCCGGGAGCUGCACCACGGCCAGUCUUGUCCUCGGAUGUCUCCUGGCCCCUGCCCAGUGCCUAUCUUCAUGGCACUUCACACUUCUUACAGGACUCCAGCCACUCCGGGGGGGCCCACCCGAAGGCCCCACCUCAGCCUGAUGGCAGUGCCAAGGCCCUGUUUCCCAACAAGCCAGCGCUCAAGGAGGCGGAGGGGGAAUGUCCUCGCACAUGGUGGGAGGACACAGCCCAGCCCACGGCAGUGCAGAUGUCAACAUGGAGCAUCUCUCAACUGAAGCCCCGGGUGAGGAGCUCCCACUCUGAACCUCCCUCCACUUUCUCCUGGCCUGUGUCCACUUGAACUAGCCAGGUGGUUUGUUCUGCGUCCUCCCAAGCCUCUCCGGAGUCCAGAGGACUUCCCGUUUCCCGCCCUGAAGGUGAAGUUCACUAGUUACGGGGAGCACUGCACGGCCCGCCCUAGGCUAGAGGCCUCUCUUGCUUGUCUCUCCCACAUGACCACCUCGGGAACCAGUGUGGCACCAGGAGUGCAGGACGUGGACCUGGCUGGGUCUACCAGCUCCUCCUGGCUCCUGAGCACGGUGAAGAGAAAAGAGGGACUUUGAGCCCGGUGGAGGAGAGGCUGCUGAAGAGAGCCGUGAAUCGGGGGAGACAGAAGCUUUUAACCACUGGGCUGCAAAGUCGAGCCACAGAGAAGCAGGUCUGAGUCACGCUUUCUGUCAUGGACAGCAUUUCCCUUUACGAGCUGUUCUUGGUCGGGCCAGGGAAAAUGCUCCUGCCAUACAAAACAAGCCAGCCCUGACCGCUUGGUGGAGAACAAAGGAGCUCAUCUCUUGGUAAGAGAGGAAGUGUCCACCUUGGCGUUAAGGACUUUCUCGGGAUGACAUUGAGAUCCUAGCGGGCCUGAUGCAGGGUACUUUGUACACAUUGUCAUUUCAAAGCCAAUGUCAAAGUGACACUCCAGAAUCAUUUUUCAAAACUAAGAGAUAUGGGAGAGAUAACACACAGAGACACUGACUCCUUAGAAAAACACCAGCUGUCGAUGAAUGAAGGCCAGAGAGUGAAGGACACACUUUCCCAGGUGAGUAGAGAGCAAGCAGGGGGAAUCCAUGGGCCGGGUACACGGCCUGUCCCCUUCCUAGAGCAGCAGAGGAGGGCAUGGGAGGGAGGCUGGGUGACCUCUCGGGGUCACUGCACACACUCACUCCCAGAGCACCCGCCCACUCUUCCACGCAAAGUGAUGACCAAGAGAAAUAGUCAAAUGCUGAGUCAGAGGAAGCUGAGCCGGGGCCAUUGUUCUGAAAUGGGUUGACCCAGGGCAGCACACACCCAGAGGGCCCUGCCGCUGGCCUCCCUCCGCAGGGUCAUCUCAGAAUGGAGUGCCCACUGGGGCGGCACUAGGGUGUCCUCAGGAGAGGAAGCAGACUGUGGUACAGCACAGCAACGGGAAGGCGACUGAGGACUCAUCGUCCGAGACUAACACCUGCGCAGACCUGGGGGAGGGGUCCGGCACUUCGGGUGGCCUCCUGACACAGGCCCCAGGCACGCUUUAGAUGAGCGGAAGCCCACUCUGCCGCGAGGACUGAAGUGCAGCCCAGGCUGGCCCCAGGGGCGCCAGGUCCACUGGGUCAGUUGGCCACCCUAGAGCUUUGUGGAGGAGCAGGGCCCCUGCUGGACUCCACUGUGGCCAGACAGGCCAGGCUCGGUGCCGUUGAAGACCUCCUGCCCCUCCAGCUGUGACAUGGGACAUGGAGGCCCCAGGCCCAGGCAGGCCUGCUGUUGGCUGCAGGGAGGGUGCCAGCCAGGGAGGCUUCAGAGCAACAGAGUUGACUGAAGGCCACUUGUCCAUGGUGUGCCGGGCCCUGAGAACAGGAGGCAACGAGGCACGACCUCACCCUGGGGAGCUGAGCACACAGCCCCAGACCUGACACCACAGGGAGGUCACCCAAGGGGCAGAGGGCACAGAAGCCGAGAACAGCCAGGGAAGGGGACAGGAGGAGGGCCUUUCCCCUGACGGGCUGCCUCCGGAGCCUGGGCCUGGGCUGCACUUGCCCUGUCCGCUCUCAGGUCUACCCAGUGUGGCCCUGGCACCGAGCACUGUGGAGCAUGGCUGUGGGCCUGAGCCUCUGGCUCUUGCCUGGAGCCUGGUGGACAUGGGGUGCUCUGGGCCAGUCCCUGACCUCUCCUGGACCCUGGUUCCCUCAUACGUAGAGUGAGGGGGCUAGCAGAGAGACUGGUCUGGCCCCUUGGGGGAACAUUGUCCUCAGGAUUCAAGACCUCCUGAAGAUUCGUCCACAGUUUUCCAAGACUGCGUGGGCUCAACUCCACACUGCCAGGCAGACUCACCCUGGCACAGAUGCCAGUGGCGAACUGGGCUCGUGCUGCGUGAUACUCCACGAGAAAGCUCUACGGAACCCCCAGGCGCUGGAGUCAUGCUUGCUUCUGCUCAGUUGAAAUCACAACGAAAACCUAAUCUUGCUCUAUAUGGGAGAGAAUAAACUGACUCUCAUGCCCUCCUUCGUUCUGAGAGAUAAUUCCUGAAACCAGGCUGCAUGUCCCUGUUGAUUCUGGAUCCUGGAGCCCUGUUUGCUUUGGAUCUUUAGGUGGAUCUACUUUAAGUGAAUAAUGAAGACUUUCUGGAUAGAGGUCAGAGUUUAGGCUCUGAGACAAGGACACCUGGGUCCUGGUUCCCACCUCCUGUGAGAGCUGUGUGAUUGGGGGUGUGCUACUUCACCCCUCUCUGGGUCUUUCCUCGUCCACUGCUCCUGAAGGGAAUGCAUUAGAUCAGGUUUUCAGAGCAAGCACAAACCUCAGCCUGCAUGAUCACUCAAGAAGUGACGGCUGUCAAGAUGGUCAGCCCGUUCACCUCUGCAGCUUCACCUGUGCUCCGUGCUGUUUUACGUGUCAUUUCAGAAGAGCUGACUGAAGUAAGUUCACAAGAUUAAGCAAACAAGCAGAAUCAAAGCUGCCCAUAUAUUUGGAGAGAAAAUUUUGCCUGCUUUUCUGCAACUUGCUAGAUACAGUAUUUAAAAGGAAAAUAUAAACAAAUAAUGCUAUUUAUGCAAAAAUUAACCAGCCCUGAUGGACUAUAAUUAAACUCACACAGCUCCCACACAUCUGGGGCAAGCCUCGGGGUGCUUUGAGAAACAUGAAGUACUAUGAAAGACACACCCUCCCGGCCACCGCACACACCAACACAGGAGAGGCACAGGAGCUGCCCCCGGUGAACAGAUGCCGCUCCAGAGAAGCAGGAGGGCAAGAAGGAGAACAGACAGAGGGCAGGAGGGGCUCACUGCCUUUAAAACUCUCUUUUUCAAAGAUAUCAGGAUCCAUUCUGUAUUUUGUAGCAUUGAAAUUCAAGUAAAUUAGUCUAAGUACAAAAGUUAAUUAUGUGAGCAGGUGACUGCAAAGCUUCUGGGGACACAAUUGUGUUUCUAGGUCCUGCCACAGAGAAGUGCCCAGGAAGACACACUCCAUGUGCCCUCAGUUCAGCAGGGUAUGAAGUGCCUGGCAGCCUGUCGCAGAUGAAGAGCCCUGUGGGUGGAGGACACGAGAUGCAGAAGAAUAUGUGUGUGUAUGUGCAUGUGUGUGCAUGUGUGUGUGCAUGCAUGAGUGCAUGUUGUGCAUGUGUCCGUGUGUAUGUAUGUGAGUGUGCA